AUCAACUUGAAAAUCAAAAUAAGACGACAAAGAAAGUGUUGUUUUAAAAAAUAAAUAAAAACAUUUUAAUUAUAAUUUGAUAUGGCGUGGUCAAAAUUUCAAGUAUUCUUAGCUAUUCUUCUCGUCGUAACAGGUUCUCUAAACACUCUAACUACAAAAUGGGCUGACAAAAUUUCAUCAGUUGGAAAAGAUGGAGGAGAACCAAGAACAUUUGAUCAUCCUUUUGUCCAAGCUUGUUUUAUGUUUUUCGGUGAAUUCAUGUGCUUAAUCGUUUUUAAGGCGAUAUUUUACCAACUACGCAAACGGAAUGAUGGAAGUGAAGAUGUAACAACUUUGACAAAAGGAAAUCGAAACUUUAAUCAACUUAUAUUAUGGCCGGCAGCUAUGCUUGAUAUGAUUGCAACGUCGACUAUGUAUAUUGGUCUCAACUUAACUUACGCUUCAUCUUUUCAAAUGCUUCGUGGAUCUGUGAUUGUUUUUGUUGCAAUUUUCUCCAUGAUCUUUCUCCAAAGACGUCUUCAGUUAAGAGAAUGGAUGGGUAUCGGAUUUAUUAUUAUUGGACUCACAUGUGUCGGUUUAAGUGACAUGCUUGGAGGCAAUAACUCUGACGUUGAUCGAUUGGAUGUUUUAAUUGGCGAUUCAUUAAUUAUUUUGGCUCAAAUUAUUACUGCUUCUCAAAUGGUGUUUGAAGAACGUUUCGUCGCUGGAUUAGAUAUUCCCGCACUUCAAGCAGUUGGCUGGGAAGGAUUCUUCGGUUUCUCUGUGUUAUCUUUGUUGUUGAUUCCUAUGUACUUCAUCUCGGUACCUUCAAAAUUCACUAAUAAUCCUCGUGGAGUAAUGGAAGAUGCUAUUGACGCAUUCUACAUGAUAAAAAAUAAUCAUUUGCUUAUGGUUCCCAUUUCUGGAACAAUUAUCUCCAUUGCAUUCUUCAACUUUGCUGGCAUCUCGGUAACGAAAGAAAUUUCUGCCACAACUCGAAUGGUUCUUGAUUCCAUAAGAACGAUGGUUAUUUGGGCAGUGUCAUUGUUGAUCGGAUGGCAAUCAUUCCACUAUUUACAAGUUGUAGGAUUCAUCAGUUUACUCUUCGGAAUGUGUGUCUACAAUAACAUCAUUGUAAUGAAUCCAAUUCGUGCCAUUGCAAGGAAAGUUUGUCGUUGUGGAGCUGAUCCCGAGCUUCAAGAGCCAAUAAUCAACCAACAAGCUGAUGCUUAAUAACGUUUGAUGUCAUGGCAAAAGUGAUGAGACUGGAUCAAAAUUUAGAAACAAUUGUUUAGAAGCAAUUAUCUUUAAAUUUGAAUGAAUCUUUAAUUUUUUUUAUUCUUAUGAACUUGAAAACAUUAUUAUUAAAUAACUAUAAAAACACUCAUUAGAUUUCAUAUUCCUGAUAUUUCUAAAUGUUUCCUAUGUUACAACAUGUUAAUAAAAUCAUAUAUAUUUUGCUUUACAAUAAAUUAUUGUUGGAAUUCUUUCAAAUGAU